AGAAAGCUUCCCCGCCCCAGAGUUAAUAUUUAGCCAUAUUUGAGGAAGGCCUUAGUACACGGCCUUCCUUCCAGGUUAACAAGCUCUAAUAUUGAAGGCUACCACACAUCCGACGGUGAUGUUCCCGUAGCUUCCUUCACCAAUGCAUUACCGAGGGACAUCUGGAGUGUUCCCGAUUUUCCCCGGCGUAAACUUCAAUAAACACCCUCCUGCAUACACCCCUGUUCGCACAGUUGACACCCCGGCCCAAUUCUCAGAUAAUAAAAAUGUCUGAUGAUGCUGGUGACACCUUAGCCACUGGAGAUAAGGACAAAAUUACUGAGAUGCCCAAUAGUGAUUCUUUACCUGAAGAUGCAGAAAUGCACUGUGGUUCAGCUACAAUUUCAAAUGCACCAACGCCAGCUGGUCCUGCAGAAGAGGGGCAUGAAACCGCAGCUGUUCAGGGUACAGAAACUGAAGCCGCUGAGUGCCUUGAGCAGCCCAGAGACACCAGGGCCACAGAGCCACCUCUCAACAGAGAAGUGCCUGAGGAUAAACUUGCUGGGUGCAUUGAUUCUGUCAGCCUUGAGGGAGAACCAGGAUCUGAAAUACCCCUGAAGGAGCAGAAUGACCCGGCUGUGGAUCCCCCUCCAGGUGGAGGAGGAUGGGCAGGCUGGGGCUCCUGGGGCAAGUCUCUGCUCUCAUCUGCAUCUGCCACCGUAGGUCAUGGAUUGACAGCAGUCAAGGAGAAAGCAGGAGCUACCCUAUGGAUUCACAGUGUAAAUUCUGGAUCUCCUGAAGGGACCCAAACUGAUACUGAAAACAGAGUCACUGAAAUAACAGAUGUGACUGCAGAUCAGGACCCUGCAGAAAGCCCACCCACCUCUCCUUCAUCAGGGUCUCGGGGCAUGCUGUCAGCCAUCACCAAUGUGGUUCAAAACACCGGUAAAAGCGUCUUAACUGGAGGCCUUGACGCCUUAGAAUUUAUCGGCAAGAAAACCAUGAAUGUCCUUGCAGAAAGUGACCCAGGCUUUAAGCGGACCAAGACACUCAUGGAGAGAACUGUUUCCCUGUCUCAGAUGUUAAGGGAAGCUAAGGAGAAAGAGAAGCAGAGGCUGGCACAGCAGCUCACGGUGGAGAGGACUGCACACUAUGGGAUGCUAUUUGAUGAAUAUCAAGGUUUGUCACACCUGGAAGCCCUGGAAAUUUUGUCCAAUGAAAGCGAAAGCAAGGUUCAGUCAUUUUUAGCAUCGCUUGAUGGAGAGAAGCUGGAACUCUUAAAAAAUGACCUAAUUUCCAUUAAAGACAUCUUUGCAGCCAAAGAAUUCGAGAAUGACGAGAAUCAAGAAGAAGAAGGCUUAGAAGAAAAGGGAGAAGAAUUUGCUAGCAAGCUUACAGAGCUUCUCUUUGAAUUACAUGUCGCGGCCACACCUGACAAACUCAAUAAGGCCAUGAAGAAGGCCCACGACUGGGUGGCGGAAGAUCAGACCAUGGUGUCAGUAGAUGUGGCAAAAGAUUCAGAGGAGGAAACGAAGAAGGAAGAAAAAGAAGAGAAGCCUGAAGGUCUCGAAGAAGACAAAAAGGAAGAAAAGAGAACUAAGACCGUAGAGGAAGUAUACAUGUUGUCCAUUGAAAGUCUGGCAGAAGUAACAGCCCGCUGCAUUGAGCAGCUUCAUAAAGUAGCAGAAUUAAUUCUUCAUGGACAAGAAGAGGAAAAACCAGCUCAGGACCAAGCAAAAGUUCUGAUAAAAUUAACUACUGCCAUGUGCAAUGAAGUGGCCUCCUUAGCAAAGAAGUUUACAAAUUCCUUAACCGCUGUUGGGAGUGACAAGAAGGCCGAGGUCCUUAACCCCAUGAUCAAUAGUGUGUUCUUAGAGGGCUCCAACAGCACGACCUAUGUGCAGGACGCCUUCCAGCUGCUGCUGCCCGUGCUGCAGGUCUCGCAUAUCCAGAGCAGCUGUUUGGAAGCACGGCCGUGACCGGGCCAGGUCUAGCUGGCUCCGUCUAGCUCAAAUGGCAGGACACGCCACCAGCUUGCUUCGAUAUUUAAGCGGAUGUUUUCUGUACGGCUGGCCGCAGACACCCAUUUGAGGACACUACAAGCAAUUUUGCACAGUUUUAAGAAUGCAAGUUUAAAGAGGGUUACCAUUUUUCUUAAUCUGUAUGGGUUGUUUCUACAAAUAAUGGUGUUUUCUUUAUGUUAAUUUAAACCUACGUGGCUUAUAUGGAAAAUGUCCUUGAACCUGAAGUUCAUUCACAAAUAUUCAUGUCCACUUUCCUAGGUAAGCACCCUAUAUUCAAAAAUUCAUGGGCAGACCCUAGGUUAUAUUUAAUCCUUUAAAUGUUCCAUUACUUUAAAUCAAUUCUUUUUUUUUUUUUUUUUGGAGACAGACUCUCACUGUGUCACACUCAGUAGAGUGCAAUGGUGUCACAGCUCACAGCAACCUCAAACUCUUGGGCUUAAGUGAUUCUCUUGCCUCAGCCUCCCGAAUAGCUCGGACUACAGGCGCCUGCCACAACGCCCAGAUGUUUUGUUUUGGUUGCAGUUGUCAUUGUUCUUUAGCAGGCCCGGGCUGGAUCGAACCUGCCAGCCUUGGUGUAUGUGGCCAGUGCCCUACUCACUGAGCUAUGGGCGCGCCGAGCCUAAAUUAAUUCUUAUACUGAACUUUUGUUACAUAAAUGUCAUGGGUGAAAAUAACACUACUCAUAUAUUUUACCAAUCAUGGUAAAAGAGGAAUAUAGUUGUCUCUUUAUAGUCAUUCAUUCUCGCAAAAACAUUUAUUGAGUAUACCUACUGUACGCUCACAAAUAAAGGAAUAUGCUCUGGGAGGCCAAGGCAGGUAGAUUGAGCAAGAGCAGACCCCUGUCUCUACUAAAAAUAGAAAAACUACCAGUUGUUGUGGGUUCAUAUAGUCCCAGCUACUCAGGAGGCUGAGAUAAGAGGAUUGACUAAGCCCAAGAGUUUGUAGUUGCUGUGAGCUAUGCUGAUGCCAUGGCAGUCUACCCAGUGGGACAGAGUAAGACUCUGUCUCAAAAUACAAACAAACAAAAAACACAAUAAAGAUCUCACUCCAGUAGAGACAGACAAUGGGUUUAUAAUAAUUCUUAAAAUACUAACAGAUUUUUGAAAACUUAAAAAACUUUAAGAAAAGGGUAGACUGGUGUUUUUUUCUUUUUAAUUGGCAGUUUAUCCUUCACUUUUUUUUUCCCACACUCCUUGAACUAUUUUACCCUAAACUCCACACAUGGGGUGAAAAUAUGUAUGAAAGGGGGUGUUGAAGAGUAUCUAGCUUAUAACUGCCUUCUUCUGAUCUAAGCACAUGAUGGCAGAAUUACAAAGCUUGGAAGUAUUUGUCCCAUGAAAGGAUCAUAUGUGCAAAGUGACUCCCCCCAAAUGUUGGAAGAGCCAAGAAACCAAAGAGUAAGGCCAACAAACCCAGUUUAUGAUUUAUUAGGGGGACUUACAGAUAGAAGCAUGGGUCUUGGGUGGCCAUGAGGUGGAUGGAUCUCUGCACCACGACCCCCCCAGUCCCAGGGAUUAUAUCUUGGGGGGAAAGUAUACAUGUUCUGGAAGAAAUGUGUAGAUGGCUAAGAGAAUGCUGCUGGAGUCACAGCCUCAAGGGUUGUUUUGGAGGAGAAGUGAAACAGAUAGUGAAUAGGUGUUCCUCCAUACGGAGGAAUCAUCAGCUAGAUAUUUUGGAGCCAUUCCCAGAUUUGAGGUUAUCCAGGCAGAUUAGCAUUUAAAAAAAAAUAAAGUCAUUCUUGUCCCCACAGUAGUCAAGUAGAAAAUUAAAGGGGUUUUAACAUAGUAGACUCCCAGGACUGCAUUUCAAAAUCUGCACAAAGCACACUCACUGGGGGCAAAUGCCAGGGAUUCUACUACAAAACUCUUAGAAGUGAUCAAGGAAUACAGCAAUGUCUCAGGCUACAAAAUCGACACCCAUAAAUCUGUAGCCUUUAUAUAUACCAACAAUAGCCAAGCUGAAAAAACAGUCAAGGACUCUAUUCCUUUCACAGUAGUGCCAAAGAAGAUGAAAUAUUUGGCAAUAUACCUAACAAAGGACGUGAAAGAUCUCUAUAAAGAGAACUAUGAAACUCUAAGAAAAGAAAUAGCUGAAGAUGUUAACAAAUGGAAAAACAUACCAUGCUCAUGGCUGGGAAGAAUCAACAUUGUUAAAAUGUCUAUACGACCCAAAGCAAUAUAUAGUUUUAAUGCAAUUCCUAUUAAAGCUCCAUUGUCAUAUUUUAAAGAUCUCGAAAAAAUAAUACUUUGUUUUAUAUGGAAUCAAUGUCACUUCUAAAGGACAGAAAAUACUGAUGUGUGUUUUGACUAACUGGGGUAUUGAUCAGUGGGCGGCUGCACGGAAGUCUCUGAGCUGAGGGGCCCUGGCAGGGGGCAUUUCUCCUGGGUUCCUCACGCUCAUCAUGGGUGAGGGUUCUGGAUGAUGCUUCUGUUUCAGAACACCGUGCACAUGCCUGCAGCCACAAGUAGUCCUGCCCAGUGGCGCUCUCCAGGGCAAAUGAAGCUUGUAGUUUUGCAAGAGUAAAAAUUUCUUAUUCAUCUUUGCUUUUAUUCCCCUGAUAAAAGAAACUGCCUUUGCUCCAUACAGGCAGGGUAGGGACAUUUUCCUAUCAUCCUGAUGGUAAGCUGUCAUACCAUCUUAUUAACAUUUUAUUUGUCUGGGUCCUGUUUUGCAUUUGUAUCUCUCCUGAAACAGCCAUAGAAACAUAAGAACAAUUUAUUUACAAUCUGCAAGAUAAUUCCCCGGGGAAGCAAUUAAACAUGUUUUUUCUCUCCUU